UAAAAUGACAGGUAGAAAGCUGCCGUCUCUUAGUGAGGUGCAUGCAUGUGCUGAACAGAUUGGUUUAGCAAAUUUUACAAUGUGAGCGUUCACACCAAUCGUCAGAUAAACUAUGUGCACAAAACUUGGCACCAUUCUUGGAGUUCAGCUGUAACCGUGGGCGAAGAUACCGCAGGAGCAAACGGGAAAUUCAACUGUCAGCUGGCCGGGAAAGCCGAUCACACCACCCGGCUUCCGGGGAUUCAGGGGCCGCAUCGGUUGACGGCAGACGUCGGUCGGUAGCUCAGGGGAAAGGGCGAGCAGCUACAUCAUCGCCGACAUCCACCGCUCGAUUUCAGCCACUUUCCACGAUGUCAAGAAAGCUACAGAGGACAGAAGUCUGCGCCGACUGCAGUGCGCCAGACCCAGGCUGGACAAGCAUUAACCGCGGGGUCCUGAUCUGUGAUGAAUGCUGUUCAGUUCACCGAAGCUUAGGCCGCCAUAUCUCCAUAGUCAAGCACCUGAGACACAGUGGAUGGCCGCCUGCACUACUGCAGAUGGUUCAGACCUUGGCCAGUAAUGGGGCCAACUCCAUAUGGGAACACAGUCUCCUGGACCCUGCUCAGGUGCAAAGUGGUCGUAGAAAACCCAACCCCCAGGACAAAGUCCAUCCCACUAAGUCAGAGUUCAUCAGAGCCAAAUACCAGAUGCUGGCCUUUGUGCACAAGCUGCCAUGCCGCGAUGAUGAUGGUGUCACCACCAAGGACCUCAGCAAGCAACUUCACUCCAGUGUGCGGACGGGGAGUUUAGAGACAUGUCUUCGGCUCCUGUCCCUCGGUGCUCAAGCCAACUUCUUUCACCCGGAAAAAGGCACUACCCCACUCCAUGUAGCAGCAAAGGCAGGUCAGAUCUUGCAAGCGGAGCUGCUAGUGGUGUAUGGUGCAGAUCCUGGAGCACCUGACAUUAAUGGACGUACCCCUAUGGACUACGCAAGGCAAGCGGGUCAUAUAGAGUUAGCAGAGCGGCUUGUGGAGUGUCAGUAUGAGCUGACGGACAGGCUAGCCUUCUAUCUGUGUGGACGGCGUCCAGAUCACAAGAAUGGCCAUUAUAUCAUUCCACAAAUGGCAGACAGAGCUCGUCCUAAGUGCCCGACACAGAGUCUGGACCUCUCAGAACUGGCCAAGGCCGCCAAAAAGAAGCUCCAAGCGCUCAAUAAUCGGCUGUUCGAGGAGCUAGCAAUGGAUGUCUAUGAUGAGGUGGAUCGCAGAGAAAAUGAUGCAGUGUGGCUCACGACCCAGAACCACAGCACUCUGGUAACAGAACGCAGUGCAGUGCCCUUCCUACCAGUCAAUCCUGAAUAUUCUGCCACACGCAACCAGGGUCGUCAAAAGCUGGCCCGAUUCAACGCUCGUGAGUUUGCCACACUCAUCAUUGAUAUCCUGAGUGACGCCAAAAGGAGACAGCAGGGAAAAGGUCUCAGCAGCCCAACUGACCAACUUGACCUGGGCAGUGAUGAUGACCAGCAUGACUAUGACAGUGUAGCAUCUGAUGAAGACACCGACAGCGAGCUGACCGCCCAGAACAACAACAACACGCAACGUAGCAACCGUGCAAAGAGUAUGGACUCAUCAGACUUGUCAGACGGUCCCAUCACCCUGCAGGAGUACCUGGAGGUGAAGAAGGCACUAGCCUCCUCAGAAGCCAAGGUGCAACAGCUCAUGAAAGUCAAUAACAACCUGAGUGAGGAGCUGCGGCGGCUCCAAAAUGAGAUCACACGGAUGCAGACAGAGAACAGUGCCCUGCGGGGGGGCCAGCAGGCUGGGGGGGCAGCCGGCCAUGGGGUAGGGGGGCCUGGUGGAGGGGGAGGAGGCCAUUGGCAAGGGGGGGUGAUCCGAGGAGGAAUAGGUGGAGGGAGUCUUGGUGGGUUUGGGCCAGGAGCAGACACCCCAGGGCUCACUGUGUCCUCCUCACUCACUCCCCACUCCCAUGCCAACCGGCGAGACCGCCACGCAUUCUCUAUGUACGAGCCAGGAGCAGCCCCUGGCCCCACGGCCCAUGGUCCCCCAGCCCUGGACUCCCUGGCAGCCCGCCUGCAGCCCCUCAACACACCCAGCGUGAGAAAGGGUAGUACAGGAGGAGGUCCGGCGUCAUAUGGCGGACAGCAUUUGUCUGCAUCUACAGAGAUGGGCAGAUAUAUGGUCUCUAAACCAGAGAAGCAUGGCAGUGGCACAGACAGUGACUAUGACAACACACAAACAUAUGACCUCUCGCUAAGGUCAGAUUCACGCAUGGGCCGCAGCAGUGAGGAGGAGGGCCGCGGGGAGUCUGACGAGGGAGUAGGGGAGACGGGGGAGCCAGAUCCCACUCUACCCUGCACAGAGGACGUCAUACUGAAGACUGAGCAGGUGACCAAGAACAUCCAGGAGCUGCUCAGAGCAGCUCAGGAGUUCAAACAUGACAGCUUUGUUCCAUGUUCUGAGAAGAUCCACUCUGCUGUCACUGAGAUGGCGUCGCUCUUUCCUAAACGUCCAGCAUUGGAUGCAGUCCACUGCUCCCUCCGCCUGUUGGCGUCCAGUGCCUCGCGGUUGCAGGUGGAGUGUCGUAAGGCGGCGCCGUCAGAGCCCGGGGCCCCUGCAGUGGACUACCAACUCCUCACUCAGCAGGUCAUCCAGUGCGCUUACGACAUCGCCAAGGCAGCCAAGCAACUGGUCACUAUCACCACCCGCGAGAAAAAGCAGUGACCCAACUAAUGCAUGGAUGGAUGGAUGGAAGGAGGGGGAAGAGGGAGAAAGAAUAAAGAAGGAUAAUAUGAUCACAGUAAAGAUGGGAGAACGAGGGGCGGGGAGCGACAGAUGGAGUGAGAAUGACGGGCAUGAUGAGGAACGGAAAA